AUUCGAUGUAUCGUUAAGCAAAGAAAAUCAUAAGGACAGCAUAGAUCAGCACAGAGUAUGCGCAAAUUAUCAAUUUGUUUACCGAUUAUUUUUGUUUUAUAAUUUUCUCCUUAAAAACUAUUUUACAGCACCUCAAAAUAUUAAUUAUGGAUGAAAACAUGGAUAAAAAUUUGAGUACCUUAAAAGAAAUGUUAUUAGAUGAAGAAAGGUUAAUUACAUAUAUAUCCCUGAGUAAGGAGUUAUGUGUGCAUGUUAAUGAUAGCAAAUCUUUACUUAGCAAAAUAGUGCAACUUGUGCAAAAGAAGCACCCAGACAUCAAUUUGUGUGUAAAUUAUAUUAUAUCUGGCAUAGCAGAUGACAACAAAGCUUUUACAAAAGUAUGCUCAGAAGGGGAUGUUUCUGAUAUUAUUAAAUCGUGUAAAUUCCUGUUUUUUCAACAUAUAUACAGUAUUUCUAAAGGUCAAUCUACUGUCGACAAUGUAGCUUACACAGCAAUAAAUAAAAUAGAAGACUUUUCGCUAUGUACUGGUUUAAUACGGAGCCAUGAGUGUACUAAGAGAACGAGUGAUGAAAUCGGAAACUUGAAAUCAAGUAGUCAGGAAAAUCCAGCACUUAUCCCUAAACCAGCUCUCGUAACAAAGAAAAAUAAAGAAACUAAGGAACCAAAAGUUGAACCUGAUGAAACCAGUAUCAAUACACCCAAGAAAUAUAAAUCAGAUCCUAUAAAUCAAAAUAAUUUGCCAAUAAAAGCGGAUUCUACAAAUAAGAACAAACCUCAGAAAGGAAUUGCAGGAUUUUUCAAUAAAUCUAAUACAGUUCAACCUAAAAAUAUAAAAAUAGAAAAUGACAGUAGGUCUACUAGUACAAUUAAAAAAGAUGAAGAACCAGUUGUUAAUAAUGGUAUGGAUGUGGAAAAGGAUGAAAUUAAAGGUACAGAAAAAGUAAAUAAAGAGAAGAAAUCAAAUAAAAAUCAUGUUACAGUGAUGAAGAAGAAUGCUAAAAUUGAUAAGAAGCGAAAGAGGUUAUUACAUGUUUCAGACAGUGAAAGUGAAGAUGAGAAAGACAAUCCAUUUGCUGAUGAUAGACCUCUCACAAAUGGAAUAGAUGUGGAAUCAGAAGAUGAAAUACCACCCACACCGGCUCUCAAUACCAUUAAAAUUACUUCUGGUAUAGUUAAUCCCAAAAAAAGGAGAAAGAUUGUAGACAAAACCUAUACUGAUGAAGAUGGCUAUAUUUUAACAAAGAAAGAAGAAAUCUAUGAAAGCUGUUCUGAAAAUGAGGAUGUGGAUAUAAAAGAAAAUAUACAAAAGGUUAAUGAAAUUUCAUCAAAAAAGAAAGAAAAUAAUAUUCCACUAAAUAAUAAAAUAGAUGUUUCACCAAACAAGAAUAUAGGAGUUAGAAAGAAAAAAUCAUCACCUCCACAAAAAGGAAAACAACAAACAUUAAUGAACUUCUUCAAGAAAGUGUAAUGUUUUUCAUAUAUGAUCAUGCUGGUAAAAAAAUAACACUAAAUUAAGCAGUCUUAAAUUCAAAGAAGUAUUAAAUAAAAUUGUUAGUAAGU